AACACGGUGCAAGCAGAAAGGCUAAAGCUUGAGAGCACCACAAAUAGAACUUUGAGCCAUGUCUGGCCAGAAAAGUCGUAGAGCUUCAAACUUCAACGAGAAUGAGAUUAAUGAUCUUGUGUCCAAGUUACAAGCACUUCUGCCACGCCUGAACCGAAGGGCUGACUCAAGGGUAUCAGUAUCGAAGGUGUUGAAAGAAACUUGCAGUCACAUCAAGAAGCUACAGAAAGAGGUGGAAGAGCUCAGUGAAAAGCUAAUAGAGCUGAUGGAUUCUGCUGACAUUAGGGAUAUAGACGAAGAGAGUCUUCGAAGAUUAUUGCUACAUUGACGAAUAAUGAACCAUAUAGCGUAUAGGCCUUAUCACCUACCCUUUUGCUUUUUCUCUCUUUUCCUGUUGCGUACCCUUUGUUGGUGGGCUUCGACCGCUACAUAUUAUAAUAUCGAGCAUAUCUAGUGGAUGCUAUCUUGUCGUUGAAAUGCUACCAAGCUACUAUAUGCUUGGUCCGAUGUGUGAAAUGAAGAACUUUCUGCCAUUUAGGGGGAAUUAAUCUCUUCUCUGAUUUGAUGUAUAUUGGGAAAUUGUAGCUAUGCUCAUGCGAGUUGAAAAUUUUUCA